AUGGCAGUCACUAAAGACGCUACUCUUUUCACAGCGCUGGAGACUGCCGGAAAUCGUCUGGUGGAGACCAAGUUUGGAGUGGAGCAAUGUGACCGUGGUUCUGAUAUCGAUGUUCUCAGCGAAUCAAUCAUCGCAAAAGCUAUGGACGGCUAUGUCCGCUCAGAGUACGGAAACUUGUGGGAGACCCAUCAGUGCCGUCCACACGCGUACGGGCACACCCGGUCGCCCGGUUUCGAACUUCAAGCAGGUCUCCUUCAUGGUCAUGCAGUUUCGAUUGGUAUGGGUUAUGGCGCGUACCUUUCAUUCCUAGAAGGCUGGAUUACGGAGAGAGAGUUUCACCGGAUUCUUAAGGUGAUGAGUACAGUUGGACUCUCACUGCGGCAUGACAUCCUUGAGAAUCCAGACUCCCUCUGGUCUUCGCAGGUGAAGAUGACGGAAAAGCGAGGCGGCAACCUUUGUGCCCCGAUACCACGCGGUGCGAUUGGAAAGUGCGGAUACCUGAACGCAUUGACGCGAGAAAGGAUGGAAGGAACCUUGAUUGAGUACCAGAACAUUGCGAAAAAAUACCCUAGGAAAGGUUCCGGUAUUGAGCCGCACUGCCGAGAUGUCGGUCUGGAGGAUCUAUCGACUGUUAAACAACAUGCUGCCCAUGCUGUUCCUAAAGGGAGCUUAGCGACUGAUGCUGCAAUGUCUGAAAAUCCAGUCGCUGAUCCCUCGGAGAGCAACGGAGAAAAGGGACAAAGCAACAUUGAAGCAUACAAUCAGUGGAUCUCAGAGAAGCAAGUUAGCCGCAAUGAAGGUGAGACAUCAUCUUCUUUAAACAGCGUGCUUUCAACUGCAACGAAGAGUGAUACACUUAAGCCCCCUGCUUUCGAACACUCCACAUUGUUUUUCCCGGGCGCCGAAGAAUAUGCAAAUGCCAUGACAUCCCCUCCGACAGCCGACUUCGUCAACAUUGCCAACGAAACAAAGGCGGCGAAACUUUUCGCUCCGUGCAUGGUAGGUCCCAUCGAAGGCCAAUUUUUGAAGAUGGUCGCACAAAUUAAGAGUGACAAGAGGAUUCUUGACAUUGGAACAUUCACCGGAUACCCCGCACUGGCUUUGCAGAUAGAAUUCCUUCAAUUGGAGAAGUCGUCACGAUUGAAGCAGACAACGCUGCAGCUGCUGUUGCUCGAAAAUGCUUUAAGAGUGCCCAGAAUGGCUACAAAGUGAAGCUGCUUGAGACAGAGGCGAGGAAGGCAGUAACCGACAUGGUCCAUACUGGAGAGCAAUGUCAUAUCGUAUUUUUGGAUGCAGAUAAGACCAACUACAGGCAUUACUACGAAGCAGCUUUGAACUUGCUCAACGAGGACGGCCUCAUCAUGGCUGGUAACGCGUUAUGCUCCCUUGUUUACGAAGAAAACGAUCCUGUCCGUCAAAGUUUGCAUGAGUUUGCGCAGUUCGUGAGAAAUGAUAAGCGUGUAGAACAACUGAUGUUGACUGUUCGCGAAGGUGUGCUCCUCGUCCGGAAAGUGUGAAAGUGCGAUUUUCGGUAGUAGUACUUGUUGUAGAACGAAAACUUUACUCCGAAAAUAUUGAAAGGAUUCGUUGAUACACGGUUCCGUCUCCCGUGUGAUGUAAAGUCAAAAUAUGGAAGAAGAUGGGCAGAAGAGAGAUCCUUCCAAUGCUGAUGAUGCUGAUGAUGCUGAUGUGCAGAUGACGAAAGAAUCAGAGGACCAACCGGAUGUGCAAAUUAGAAGAACUGAAGACUGCACUUAAGGCGGUAGCCCCUAUCAUUCCUUCACAGACAACGUCUGCGAUGCUACCGCGACUCCAGAUAUUCCGAUGACAUCCAACGAGGAUGUCAGAACGGAGGGCGAUACCGGAGAAGCGAUGCAAGACGCGUCGGAAGGUCCAGAUGUCGUCGAGCCAAGCGUGGAUCCGACGACAAGUACGGGCGACUGGCGUGCUACAACUAGAAGGCACGAGGCAGCGAGGGGGAUCUGGAUUUGUACUGCGAUUGGUAUGGGCGCAGCGUGUUGCUCACGCCGGAAGACAUGGUCCGAAGCGGGGGGAAGGGGUGCGUUGAGUUUGACGUUGCGACGAGCCAUUAUGUUUUCUGAAGACAAGAAUGUCGUCAUGGGAAUGCUACUGUCGAACAGAGGGAGCCCGCGAAGGCGAUGGCAUCGAUGAUGCAUUAUCAUCAAAUAUUAUGUUGGGGACGAGCGGUGUAGGUCGGUGGCGGGUUCGGGCGGAGGGUGUCUGGAGGUUGGUAGCGUGCAGUGAUGUAGAUAGUAGGCGGUGAUGCAGAUAGUAGAACGAUGUAAAUGGGAGCGGUUAAGAAGCA